GCAGGAUCUUAAUGGUUAGUGGAGGAGCAGGGAAGGCCAGCGACAUGGGGGAGGAGCAGGCCGGGGAGAGGCCAGCGUCGGGGACAAGCAGCAGCAGGGCCAGUGGUCCCGCCGCGGUGAGGUGGAUGGAGAGGGAGGAGUCGGCGACGGGAGAAAGAGCAGGCCGGCCCUGAUUGUCAUGGAUGAUAUCGUCCAACAGCACGGCUGCUCGCCCUCCUCCGCCUCUACCUCUGUGGACCAUGGAUUUGUGUACGAAGUGAUGAAUCGAACAAGGAGGAAGGGAAUGCUUGAUCUUCAGCCAUUUCUUGACUCUGAAACCCAGAAGAGAGAUGUCUAUGGAGCUUGGGAACAAUAUCUUGGGUUGGAGCGGACUGAUACUGCAAUAAAAGGGCCUAUACAGCCUAUCAGGGACAUGCAUCUCAAUAUAUCAUUGCUCUGUUCUGGUGGUUUUAUGUACCUGCAGAACAUCACACACAUGAGAAGGCAGUGACUUCAAGCAAAAGGGAGCAAUGUCGAUGGUUCCAGGCACCAAUGGAGAUCAAGAUUGCUGCCUUCCCGAACAUGAUCUCCUAAUCAUCCAUUAACCUUGUUGAGUAGACGCACUAUUUCUUAUUUCGUCACAUUGGAUAUUCUUAUCUUAUUGACCACAUCAAAACAAAGGCUGCCGUGUUGAGUAGAUACAUUACUUCUUUCUUGGUCGCGCUUGGAUAUUCUUAUCUUAUUGAUCACAUCAGGCAUAAAAUAGAGAGUAUGAGAUGUUGUUUGGUGGGUCUCGAUGUUGUCACCUAUGUUCCUGAUCUGUAAAUCUAUCAUUGUUGAACUA